CGCUCCGGUUAUGCAGCCCCAGACGUUCUUCAGUGAUAACCGCAGCUCCAGCGAGCCCACAACGGUCUACGAUGCACAACGCACCGAGUACACCAGCAUGGAAGAUCUCGGCAUUGCAGAUCUAUCAUGCUACUGUCAACCGGCAUUUAUGGAACUCUGCCGAGACGAGUGCGAUAACACUCGCAGACUUUCCCAGCGCCUCGCGACCGCCCUUUUUACUCACAGCGGAACCCAAUCCCCACACUACGAUUCGCUUCCCGAUAAGAUACAUGCAGAAGGAUGGUCGGACUACGAGCACAUCAGAAACAGAGGCAAGUCUGUUAACCGUGCGCAUAUCCCAACUAUGCCUCCUCAUAAAAAGGCUGACUGGAACACGUUCAUUAUCGCUGGCGCUCUUACCCCUCCAGAUACAACUACCACAACUUCCAACCCUUGUACGCCAGCAGAUUCGUCGGAGCUGCUUUCAUCUCCCGUGUUGGCAGCUUCGGACCCGCCCCUUCCCGCACCGAUGUCACCUUUAUCUCUCCCCGAUUGUACCACCAGCCCCUUCUCCUCCGUCAGCGCGUCUACGCCAUUCACACCAGCGACGUCCCCCGAACACGACCCCACGAGCCCUUCAAGCUGCCACCCAUUGCCGACACAAGACUCCGUCCUCGUCACCUUCAGCCCCCCAGUCCAUCCCUCAGUCCAACUCAUAGAGCUCCCAGCCGCACCCUCAUCUCCCUCGCUCAUCCCUUGCCGACUCCCACGUCGCUGUGCACCUAUACCCUCGCUCACACCCCUGACCGACACCGACACCAUCCCCAAACCUAAACGCCCACGCAACCCCUUCUUCCUCUUCAAAAGCGCAUUGUGUGCCCUGGGUACGCACCCAAAGAAAGGCAACACGCCGGAUAACGUCGCCCGCAUCUGGUACGCCAUGUCGCCCGAUCAGCGCGAGCCGUGGGACGCGCUCGGCGAGAUCGAGCGGCGGAGGUGGGAGGAUGUGCGUGACGCUGCUGGCACGGCGGGGAGGCGUCGGAGGCAGCGGGGCCGGGUUCCGAAGGAGACCAAGGGCGUCGGGAAGCGCAAGAGUGCGGGCGGAGAGGGCUCUAGGAAACGACGCAGCGCGGAUACGGGCCCAAGUGCAGCUUCGAGUGCGAAUUUGAUCGCGACGGUAGCGGCCUCUUCAAGCAGCCGCCAUCCACGACAAAUUCCGGGGGUAACCGGUAGUGACAUCCACUUCGUCAACGACUUGGACUCUACGGCGCCCGCGCUGCCGCUUCCUCUUCCUCCUUCGAACUACGGCUCCCGGCCUCUCCACUUUCAGCACUACGUACUCGACCGCCGUUCUCAUGAAGAGCUGCUCUCGACAGGCUCGGUAUUCUCUGCCCUCCCAAAGCCGACGCAGGUUCAGUCGUUGGGCUCCUACGUGGCGCCGUUUAAUCCGUACGCCACCAACACUAUGCCUUUUUACUAUCCCGACCCCACGUUCUACGAUGCUCAUCUGGAUUUACGCGGCGACAAUUGGAGCUAGCCCAGCACGUCGGCCUGAGGCGCGCUUUUACUUUCUCAUUCUAUACUUAUGCUUAUACUAUCAUGAUUUUAACUUUUCAUACAUAUCUGUUGUAGUAUC